CGCUGGGAGAGGGAGAACUCGUGGAAUCUUCGAGAAAAGCAAAGGGCUGCCCAUUUCGACAUCGACAAAGAGAAGUGUGGUUGCCGGCUAAAGUUCAAAACGUGGGAUCUCUGAAAGACCAUAUAACAUAAAAAUGGCGGCAGCAGCAGCAGCAAAAAGACUAAUUCCCUUGUUUGACAGAGUCCUAAUACAAAGAGCGGAAGCGAUUACUAAAACGAAGGGUGGUAUUGUACUACCCGAGAAGGCACAAGCAAAAGUCCUCAGAGGGACUGUCGUUGCUGUUGGUCCUGGCUCAAGAAAUGACAAAGGAGAUCACGUUCCUUUAAGCAUCAAAGUUGGAGAUAUGGUCCUAUUGCCAGAAUAUGGAGGCACAAAAGUAGAACUUGAAGAAAACAAAGAGUUUCAUUUGUUUCGUGAAGCUGACAUCUUAGCUAAGUUGGAGUCUUAAAGGUUUCAUUGAUUAUAUUAAAUUCAUACUGAUAAUAAAAACAAGCGUUCAACCAAUGAAACGUUAGAUAUAAGAAUUGGAUGACAUUGUAGAAGCUAUGCCUCAACAGUGAUUAUCUGAGACAUUUAUUUGUUAUUUCAAUAAAGUUGUCAUUUCUUUAUAAGUUGAUUAGAAAAUAGAAAUUAGUUUCAUACUUAA